AUGAGUUUUAACUCAAAAAUGUUUUCAGAAUAUAUAGGUGCCAUUGACCAGGGAACUACAAGCACUCGGUUUUUGAUAUUUGAUAGAACUGGUUCUAUUGUAUCUCUUCAUCAGCAUGAAUUUAAGCAGAUUUACCCUCAUCCUGGUUGGAUUGAGCAUGAUCCUAUGGAAAUUUUAGAAUCUGUUGAAAUUUGUAUUAGAAAAACAAUAGAAGAUUUUGUUAAAAAAAAUAAGAGUGUUCGACAAAUUAAAGGUCUUGGUAUUACAAAUCAGAGAGAAACAAUAGUUGUUUGGGACAAAGACACCGGAAAACCUCUUUAUAAUGCAAUUGUAUGGUCGGAUACUCGUACUAUUGAAGUUGUACGUGAAUUAAAACAAAAAGAAGAUGCUUCUGAGGUUCAUAAAAUAUGUGGUCUUCCUAUUUCUACAUAUUUUUCUGCUGUUAAACUUCGUUGGCUACUUGAUAAUGUUAGAAGUGUUCGAGAAGUUUACGAUAGUGGCAGGCUUGCUUUUGGGACUAUUGAUUCCUGGCUGAUUUAUAAUCUUACUGGUAAUAUAGAUGGUGGCAUUCAUAUCACUGAUGCUACGAAUGCUUCUCGUACGAUGUUAUUGAAUAUAAGAACUUUAGAAUAUGAUGAAUCACUUAUUAAUUUCUUCGGUCUUGAAAAACUCCACCUUCCGAAGAUUAAAUCUUCUUCAGAGAUUUAUGGUGAAAUUUCUAGUGGUCCACUUUGUGGAACUCCACUUUCAGGAUGUUUAGGUGAUCAAUCCGCAGCUUUGGUGGGACAUUUAGCAUUUACUCCUGGAUCUGCUAAAAAUACUUAUGGAACUGGUUGUUUUUUGCUUUAUAAUACUGGUGAAACACCAGUUAUUUCAAAAGAAGGUCUUUUAACAACUGUUGGGUAUUUUUUUAAAGGACAAAAGCCUGUUUAUGCUUUGGAAGGUUCAAUUGCUGUAGCAGGUGCUGCUAUAAAAUGGUUUCGCGAUCAAAUGGGAGUUAUUACUGAAGCAUCUCAAAUUGAUGAAAUGGCUGCAUCUGUAGAGGAUACUGCGGGCAUUGUUUUCGUUACUGCUUUUUCUGGUCUUUUUGCUCCAUAUUGGCGUGAUGAUGCUCGUGGUACUAUAUUAGGAAUCACAAAUUAUACUACUAAAGAACAUAUUGCUCGUUCAAUAUUGGAAGCUAUUUGUUUUCAGACUAAAGCAAUUUUGGAUGUGAUGAAUAGGGAUUCUGGAAGCCCUUUAAAGUGUCUUAAUGUUGAUGGUGGAAUAACUAAUUCUGAUAUAUGUAUGCAAAUCCAGUCUGAUAUUGUUGGUAUCGAUGUAAAUAGACCUCAAAUGCGCGAAGUUACUGCACUAGGAUCUGCUAUUGCUGCUGGUCUUGCUGUUGGAGUUUGGAAAAAUGUAGAAGAAUUGCAAAGUGUUAGUGCAGGAAAGACAUUUGUUUUUUCUCCAAAAAUUAGUGAAGAUAAACGAAAUCGUAUGUUUUGUUUAUGGGAAAAGGCUGUUCAGAAAUCAUUAGAUUGGGAAACUGGAAAGUCUGAAUAAUGUUUGUAGAUAUUGAAAAGGUAUAUAAUUAUUCUUAAUUUUAUAUUAGGUUUAAUUUUUUUUAUUUUUAAUUUGUAA